GGACUUAUCAUUGCGAAAGCCUUCGUUGCAAACGGGGCGAAAGUAUACAUCGCUGGGCGUAGGUUGGAUGUACUAGAGCAAGCCGCGGCAUCAAUCACGGGCAUCUCUGGAUCCAUUAUCCCGAUCCAGAUGGAUGUUACUGACGAAGAGAGCGUCAAGGCUGGCGCAAAGUAUAUCGAAGGAAUUGACGGAAAGCUCGACAUCCUCGUCAACAAUGCCGGAUUUUCAGCUUCCCUUCGUGACCCAGACUUUAUCUCGAAGAAAUACGCUGCAGAGGAUCCAUCUGAACCUGAAACAGUACAAAACUGGGCUGAUAUUUUCGUGCUCAACACAAUCGCCCCGUUCUUCGUCGUACGUGCUUUCCAAACCCUUCUCAUCAGUGGAGCGCCGACCCGCCCCCAAGGCACCUCCAGUGUCAUCAACAUCAGUAGUAUUGCAGCCAAGCUCAACGGAACAGGGCCUAUCGCAUACAAUGUAACGAAAGCUGCUUUGGACAAACUCACGCUUGUUUUAGGAACGUCCUUUGCUCAGAAGGAUAUCCCAAUUCGCGUGAACUCGCUGGCUCCUGGCGUGUUCGCUUCGCAGUUGAUGACUCCUGAAUUUGUGGAAGCGAUCAAGACUAAGCCACUACCUGGGCUUAUUGCGCCAGCACCCGCAAAGAGAUCGGGGACUGAGGAGGAGAUGGGAAUGAUGGCAAUUUAUUUGGCAGUGUCGGAUUAUACGAACGGGGCGAUUUUGACGGUUGACGGUGGAUUAUCGCUGGUCAAUCCCUGA